AUGUCAGCAGCGGCAGGCAGAACGCGUCGCACAAGACGACAAGCCAUCGUCGAGUCUUCCGAUGAGGACACACUCGCGAAUGCUAAGAUGGCGGAAGAUGACGAAGAAGACUACACCCCGGCACCUGCCCGCACCAUUCGCCGACAAACACGUUCAAGACUGAGCACGACGUCUGUUGCUUCUUCUAGUUCAGCACCAGCACCAGCACCAGCGCCAGCACCACGGCCGCGGGGCAGACCGAAGAAGAGCAUACCCGCCGCUUCCAUAGAUCCGAGCCAGAUUCUAGAAGCCCAUCAGACGGAAACCAUGAUGGACGUCGACGAACUGGUCGAUACGCCCGCCCCUGCCCCGAGGAAGCGCAAAAGUGUGGCCCAAAGGGCGGUCAAGUCGGAGACACCAGGCCUGGAGGAUCCGUCGCUUAUGACCCCAAAGCCGCCAACUACGCCCGAAACAUCGCAAAUUCCCCUCGCCGAUAUUACCAACACCAGCGUCAACGACCAGACGUCGAUGGCCGCCGAUGAGACCCAGGCCACAGUCAAGCCGAUCCGCCCCAUGGACACCAUCUUGGAGAAGCCCAUGGACAUCAUGCUCAAAUCGCGCAACGUGACCGUACCCGUCAUGGAGAACACCGCACCCAAGCCUCGCCUCGUCAUUACUCAUCUUGUACUCACAAACUUCAAGAGCUAUGCCGGCCGCCAGGAGGUUGGCCCGUUCCACGCCUCCUUCUCCUCCGUCGUCGGCCCAAACGGUUCGGGCAAGUCCAACGUCAUCGACUCUCUGCUCUUCGUCUUCGGUUUCCGCGCGAGCAAGAUGCGCCAGGGCAAGCUCUCCGCUUUGAUCCACAACUCGGCUCAAUACCCAAGCCUCGAUUACUGCGAAGUAGCCGUGCACUUCAAAGAGGUCAUUGACCAGACCAACGGCGCCGGUCCCGUCGAUAUCCCCGACUCGCAGCUCAUCGUAUCGCGCAAGGCCUUCAGGAACAAUUCGAGCCAGUACUUCAUCAAUGGCAAGCUCUCCAACUUCACCACCGUCACCACGCUACUGCGCGACCGCGGCAUCGACCUCGAUCACAAACGGUUCCUCAUCCUGCAGGGUGAGGUGGAGUCCAUCGCGCAGAUGAAGCCCAAGGCCGCGAACGAACACGACGACGGUCUCCUCGAAUACCUCGAAGACAUCAUCGGCACGUCCAAGUACAAGACGCCCAUCGAGGAGGCGGCCGCCGAAGUCGAGACCCUGAACGACAUUUGCAUGGAGAAGAGCGGCCGGGUCCAGCACGUCGAGAAGGAGAAGAACAGCCUCGAGGGCAAGAAAGAAAAAGCCCUGGCCUACAUCCGCGACGAGAACGAGCUCACCAUGAAAAAGUCCGCCCUCUACCAGCUCUACAUCAGCGAGUGCAACGACAACGUGGCGGUCACCGAGGAGGCCAUCAACCAGAUGCAAGCGCAGCUCGAUGCCGAGCUGGAGAAGCACGAGGGAAGCCAGAAGAUCAUCAAGGAGCUCCAGAAGAACUAUGCCCGAGGCGGCAAGGAAUUCGAAGCCCAGGAAAAGGAAGUCAAGAGCCUGACCAAGGAGGUCGCCAAGUUCGAGCAGGAACGCGUCAAGUUUGACGAGAAGCGCAAGUUCUUGACCGACAAGCAGAGGAAGCUGGAGAAGACCAUCGCCAACUGCGAAAAGUCGGCCGCCGAGGCAGACGAGACCGUCGUGGAAUGCAGCAGGGAGAUCGAGUCGCGCGCCCUCGAAAUCGCCUCGCUCGAGAUCAGAAUCCAGGAGGAAGAGGAGGAACUGGCCACCAUCCGCGAGAGCCUCAAGGGCAAGACGCAAAAGUUCUCCGACCAGAUCGCCGUCAAGCAAAAGUCCCUCGAGCCCUGGAUGGAGAAGAUCAACCAGAAACAGUCGGCCAUCGCCGUGGCCGAGAGCGAAAUGGCCAUCCUCCAAGACAAGGCCAACGCGGGCGAAGUGGCCGUGGCCGAACUGGAAGCCAAGAUCGCGUCCAUCGAGGAAGGGCGGGCCGCCAAGAUCGAGGAGCUCGAGGCCUGUGCGGCCGAGAAGGCCCGGCUCGAGAAGGAGGCGAGGAAGAUCGAAGCGAAGCUGCAGGAACUCGCCCAAGACGAGCCCAGGGUCCGCGCCAAGGUGUCCAACGCCCGACAGAGGGCCGACGAGGCCCGCUCGAGUCUCGCGCAGACCCAGACCCAGAACAAGGUCCUCACGGCGCUGCUGCGCAUGGAAGAGUCCGGCCGCAUCGACGGCUUCCACGGCCGCCUGGGCAACCUGGGCGUCAUCGACGAGAAGUACGACGUCGCCAUCUCCACCGCCUGCCCCUCCCUCGAGAACUUCGUCACCGACACCGUCGAGGCCGGCCAGCAGUGCAUCGAGUACCUCCGGAAGACCAACCUGGGACGCGGCAACUUCGUCUGCCUGGACAAGCUGAGGGCCCGCGACCUGCAGCCGAUCCAGACGCCCGAGAACGCCCCCCGGCUCUUCGACCUCGUGCGGGCCAAGGACGACCGCUUCCGCCCGGCCUUCUACCACGCCCUGCAGGACACCCUGGUCGCGCAGGACCUCGCCCAGGCCAACCGGAUCGCCUACGGCGCCAAGCGGUGGCGCGUGGUGACCCUGGACGGCGAGCUGAUCGACAAGUCCGGCACCAUGUCCGGCGGCGGCACCACGGCCAAGAAGGGGCUGAUGUCGUCCAAGCUGGUCCCCGAGCGGACCAAGGAGCAGGUCGCCGAGCUGGAAGCCGACCUCGAGGUGCUGGAGCAGAAGUUCCAGGUGUGGCAGGACCGCCAGCGGGACCUGGAAACCCGGCUGCGGUCCCUGCAGGAGGAGAUCCCGCAGCUCGACACCAAGAUGCAGAAGAUCGGUCUCGAGGUGGACAGCGCGGCCAGGAACCUCGCCGACGCGCAGCGUCGCAUCAAGGAGGUGGGCAGGGAGCAUCAGCCGUCGCAGACGGACGACAGCCGGAUGGCGGCGCUCGAGAAGGAGGUCGCCAAGCUCCAGCGGGAGCUUGGGAAGCUGCGCGACGAGACGGCGGGCGUCGAGGAGGAGAUCAGGGCGCUGCAGGACAGGAUCAUGGAGGCGGGCGGCGAGAAGCUGCGGAUCCAACGGGCCAACGUCGACGCGCUGAAGGAGGAGGUCGACUCGCAGAACGAGGAGACGUCCAACGCCGAGGUCCGGAAGGCCAAGGCCGAGAAGCAGAGGAUCAAGCUCGAGAAGGACCACGCCAAGGCCGCGAAGGAGGUCGAGGCGGCCGUCCGCGAGCUCGAGGCGCUGGAUCACGAGAUUGAGAACCAGGGCGAGAAGGCGGAGAUGCUUCGAGGCCGCGUCGAGGGGGCCGAGGAGGCGCUGGCCGUCAAGCAGGAGGAACUGGCGGCCCUGAAAGCCGAGCUGGACGAGAAGACGGCCGAGCUCAACGAGACAAGGGCGGUGGAGAUUGAGAUGCGGAAUAAGCUGGAGGAGAACCAGAAGCAGCUCGUCGAGAACCAGAAGAGGCUUCGGUACUGGAAUGAUAAGCUGUCCAAGCUUGGCAUUCAGGAUAUUGACGACCUCAUCGGUGCCCCUGGAUCGCAGGCGAAUCCAUCGCCGUCUCCUGCUGCUGGCGGUGCUCCUCCUGCUGCCGCUACGGCUGAAGGAGACGGAGAUGCGGAGAUGGAGGGUGCCGAUGAUGUAGCGUCCGGGUCGGAAGGCGAGGACGACGAAACCCUCCGGCCCGAAGCCACCGACCCCACGGCGCACGUGCGACAACCGCAACAACUCCCAUCCUACACGCCGGACGAGCUGGCGGGAAUGAGCAAGGACCGGCUCAAGGGCGAGAUCGCGGCGCUGGAGGAGAAGACGGCCAACGUCGGGGUGGACCUGGGGGUGCUGGCGGAGUACCGGCGGCGGGUGGAGGAGCACGCGGCGCGGUCGUCGGACCUGGCGACGGCGAUCGCGCAGCGGGACGGGGCGAAGCGGCGGUGCGACGAGCUGCGGCGGCUGCGGCUCGAGGGGUUCAUGGAGGGGUUCAGCGUCAUCUCGCUCCGGCUGAAGGAGAUGUACCAGAUGAUCACCAUGGGCGGCAACGCGGAGCUGGAGCUCGUCGACUCGCUGGACCCGUUUAGCGAGGGGAUCCUGUUCAGCGUCAUGCCGCCCAAGAAGUCGUGGAAGAAUAUCGGCAACUUGUCUGGUGGGGAGAAGACGCUGAGCAGCCUUGCGCUGGUUUUUGCGCUGCAUCAUUAUAAGCCUACGCCGUUGUAUGUCAUGGAUGAGAUUGAUGCGGCUUUGGAUUUCCGGAAUGUCUCGAUUGUUGCCAACUACAUCAAGGAGCGCACCAAGAACGCCCAGUUCAUCGUCAUUUCACUUCGGAAUAACAUGUUCGAGCUCGCGGCCCGGCUGGUGGGCGUUUACAAGGUGAACCAUAUGACCAAGAGCGUCACGAUCGAGAACCAGGACUAUAUCGUCAGCCGGCGACCGCAGGCACAGGCGCAGACGCAGGCGCAGCAGCACCAUCCUGCCACCGGACUGACGCAGACGUUGACAUUGAGAUGA